AUGAUGUCUAGUGCAAUGGAUCUAUCAAGACCUAGCAAAUCAUGAUAUAAAUCAAUCAAUCAAUCUUAAUUUCUCCCUCUUCUACCAUCUAUCAAACUUCUACCUCACUCUCCCUUAUCACCUGUCUCUCUAUAUCUCUCCCUUUUUCUCUAAGGCAUACUCUUCCUCUCUCUUAGAAUAUCCCCUAUUCUAAUAUCGCUUGACGAAAGAUGUAGCAUGCCUUCACAUGUAAAGGGGUGAACGCCUGCCUGAACAGCCACGAAACACAAGAAGUUGUUUGAUCGAUAAGCGGUGGUCCUUUCAGCUGGUCGACACUCUCUCGCUCCUCUACUACUGGACAGUUUGCUAAAUCAGGUACAAGCUGUGAGCAGGAUCCCAACACGGCGGAUUGACAGCCUCAAAUUAACAUCGCACUGUUCUUGCAGCUCCGGCGACCCAGAUGAGUGGUGGUCGUGAGGAUGUGGGUGGUCCGCGAGUGGUGAUCGUGCGUGAGCCGGACGACGACAGCGAAUCGUCUGUAGAGGAGGGAAGCUCUGAGGAGGAGUCAGAGGUGCCAGGUCUCGCCCCCCACAACCCUGAUGCUGCCCAGGACUACUGGCACAUACAGAAGCUCAUCAAGUACAUGAAGGCUGGUAACCAGACGGCUACAGUUGUGGCAUUGGCUUGCUUGAAAGAUCACGAACUCAGCUCAGAAAGCAUUCAGACAGCAAUCAAAGAGAUUGGGGGACUGGAAGUGCUCAUAAAUCUAUUGGAAACCAACGAUUUCAAAUGUAAGAUGGGAGCUUUGUCGGUGCUCAGUGCUGUAUCUGAGAACUUUGAGAUUCGACGUCACAUGACCGAUCUGGGUUGUGUGCCGUUGCUCGUGAAUCUGCUGAAUGAUCCUUCCAGAGCACUGCAAGCAGUAUCCGCCACAACUUUGUCAAAUGUUGCCAAAAUAAAGAAGGCUCGCAAAAUUGUGAGGAAAUGCAACGGGCUUCCGCAGCUGGUUGAUCUCCUAGAUGUGAGACAGUCCUUGCUGCAAACAAAUAUCAACCAAUUGGAGCCGGAUGAGCAGAAAAUAAUAGAAGUGGUGAGAGGCAGUGCAAAAGCAAUUUGGUCUCUAUCUAAAUCCACCAGAAACAAGGAGGAGCUACGCAAAGCGGGUUGUGUGAAACUGCUUGCUAGACUUCUGCAUUCGGUUCAUGAAGAUGUUGUAGUUUAUGCUAUGGGAACUAUUCAAAGGUGUGCUUCUCAGAGCAAUUAUCAACUCGCAAUCCAAACCGAGGGAAUGAUCGGUGAUAUGGUGAGAUAUUUAUCAAACAGCAAUCCUGACCUGAAGCGACAUUGCGCUUCUGCAAUAUUCAAGUGUGCAGAGGAUCCAAAAACGAGGGAACUAGUGAGACAGCAUGGUGGCCUGGACCCUCUGGUAGCCAUAUUGAGAGAUGAGGGAGUGAGACAGAAUAAGCCUCUCCUAGCUGCUGUUACAGGGGCCAUAUGGAAGUGCUCAAUCUCAAUCGAAAAUGUGCGAAGAUUGGAUGAUCUGAAUACAGUAAAUACUCUUGUUCAGCUCUUGAACGAUGAAGAUGAAGAGGUGUUGACAAACGUUGUGGGCGCUCUAGCAGGGUGCGCUCGGCUGGGGCACAACCGAGAGGUCAUCCAACAGGCGGGGGGCAUUGCUCUGUUGGUACAACUGCUCAGCCACACCAACCAGGCUCUGCUCGAGAAUGUCACCAGGGUGCUGGGCGAGAGUGCGCACAACGCAGACUGCAUGGCCGAGAUGGAGCGACUGGACGCCGUGCGCCUCAUCUGGUCGCUGCUCAAGAACCCAUCCACCAAGGUGCAGGCCAAUGCCGCCUGGGCCCUCGUGCCCUGCAUACAAAACUCGAAGGAGUCAGGUGAAAUGGUGCGUAGCCUAGUGGGUGGAUUGGAGCUGAUAGUGAGCCUGCUGCAGUCGGAAGACACCAAAGUGCUGGCCUGCGUUUGUGCCGCUCUCUCCAAAGUCGCCCAGGACAAAGAGAACUUGGCGGUCAUCACCGAUCACGGAGUCGUUCCCAUGCUGGCAAGGCUGGUUCUAACGUUUUCCAGUAGAAGAGAAGCGGAAACUAAAUCCGGGAAAGUGAAGCUUGAUCAAGCAACGAUUGAGGAGGAUGACAUACUGAGAGAGCAUCUGGCGUCGGCCAUUGCCAACUGUUGCAAGUGGAGCAACAACUGCCACGAGUUCGGGAGACUGGGCGCAGUGACCCCUCUGGUCGGGUACAUGUCCUCCAAGGACAAGAAGGUGCACCGCACCACCGCACUAGCUCUCUGCCAACUCUCACAGGACCCCUCCAACUGCAUCAAUCUGCAUCAGAGUGGUGUUGUGCCCUACUUGCUUGAAACAAUUGGAUCACCAGAUGAAGUGUUACAAGAAGCUUCAGCAGGAUGUCUCAGUAAUAUCCGAAAACUUGCUCUAGAAUCUGGAAGAGAGCAAUAAUUAUUAUAAAUAAAAAAUUAGAUAAUUCACGUUAUAAAAUUAUCGUUGAAGGUUUAUGUUUUUGUUGAAAAAUAUUGUAUUAUCAAUUAUUAUUGAUAAGAUCAUUGUUUGUUACUUUAUAUCAAUAGAAUUUAUCAAAAAUUAGAAUUAAAAUUGUUCUGUUGAUUAAUGAAAUUGUCUGGAGAAUAUGGAUUUUGAAUCUUAAAAUGUUCCUGCCUUUGUGUUUUUAACAGUUCUCAUGCAGACUUUACACUAUAUUAUUAUAAUCAAUUUGAUGUCACAUUGAA